AACGUUAAAAAAGAGGCCAUAGAGGAACGAAAUUAAAAGUGGGAAAUCAGCAAAACAGUUUCUUUUAAAAAAAAAAAGCAGUUAAGAAGUUGCCAUAGAGAAACGGCGUCGUAAAUGGCGUGAGUCUCUCUCUCAAGGACCAUCUCUUAAGCUUCUCUUUAGUGAGUCUGUAUAAUGUAAAAUCUUUUGACUCUUAUUGGGAGCUAAAAUUUGAGAGAUAUCAAAAUCAAAACUUUUUGGUAUGAGAAAAAUAUAUUUCAAUAUAUUUUCUUACUGUCCCUGUCCAAGUUUGAGAUUUUAUUUAUGCUUUCAAAGUGACCAUUGAUGAGGCUACAGGAGUAAUUUAAAGCCCUCUCGGUUCUCUGCUCACACUGCGCGUGCGCUUCACGCUUCUCCGGCACGGUCUCUUCUAAGAUGGACGAAGUUUCUCUCAACACCGAGCCAGUAGGCGAUGACGAUGGAGAUGAGUUGGAGAUCGAGGGAGAUUGUGGCAUGACUGAAUAUGUCAGUCAAGGUGGCAUAAGUGAAGGGGAAAAUCCCUUGCCUCCUUCAGUUGGAAUGGAGUUCGAUUCUUAUGAGGAUGUAUAUUACUUUUAUAAUUGUUAUGCCAAAGAACAAGGAUUUGGUGUUAGGGUAAGUAAUACAUGGUAUAGAAAGAGUAAAGAAAGAUACAGAGGAAAACUUAGUUGCAGCAGUGCAGGUUUCAAAAAGAAAAGUGAUGCAAACCGCCCAAGACCAGAAACAAGAACUGGUUGCCCAGCAAUGAUAAAGUUCAGACUAAUGGACACCAAAAGAUGGAGAAUUAUUGAAGUGGAACUAGAGCAUAACCACCUGAUUAGCCCUGCUAGUGGAAAAUUCUACAAAUCCCACAAAAACAUAGGCGUUGGAACCAAAAGAGUGUUGCAAUUGGAUGGUCCUGAAGAAACUCAGAAAAUUAAGCAAUUCAGAACUGUGAUAGUUGAUGCUGAGGUGAAUGGAAGCAUAGAUGUUGAUGAAGAAGAAUCUGGUAGGAGUAUUGACCACUCCAAUCAGUUGAAGCUUGAAGCAGGUGAUUCGCAAGCAGUUCAAAAUUUCUUUUGUCGCUCCCAGUUGGUAGAUCCAAAUUUCUUUUAUGUUGUGGAUCUCAAUGAGAAAGGAUGCUUGAGGAACUUGUUUUGGGCCAAUGCAAGAACUAGAGUCACAUACAGUUAUUUUGGUGAUGUAGUGUGCAUUGACACUGCAUGCUUGACAAAUAAAUAUGAAGUUCCUCUGGUUUCAUUUAUUGGAGUAAAUCACCAUGGGCAAUCUGUUCUGUUAGGUUGUGGUUUACUUGCAGGUGAAACAAUUGAAUCAUACACAUGGUUGUUCAGGGCGUGGCUUACAUGUAUGUCAGGACGCCCUCCACAAGUCAUCAUUUCCGAUCAAAACGACACAUUGCAAACUGCUGUUGCAGAUGUUUUCCCAAGAGCUACUCAAUGCCUUUGUCUAUCAAGAAUAAUGCAAAAGGUACCAGAGAAAUUGGGAAGCUUUUUUGAGUACGAUGCCAUUAAUGCAGCAUUGAAUAGAGCAGUAUACUACUCUCAGAGGCCUGAGGAAUUCGAAGCAGCGUGGGAGGACAUGAUCCAGCUUCAUGGAAUUAGAGAUCAGAAAUGGCUUCAAUCAUUAUAUGAAGACAGGAAACGCUGGGUUCCUGCAUUUUUUAAGGAUGUAUUUUUGGCAGGUAUGUUUCCAAUACAACCAAAUGAGGUUGUCUCAUCAUUUUUCGAAGAACAUCUGGACAGAAAUACUCCCUUAAAACAGUUCUUAGAUAAAUAUGAUCUAGCUCUGCAGAAGCACUAUCAGCUUGAAGCAUUGGCAGAUUUGGAUUCAAAGAGCCCAACUUCAAAGACAAGAUAUUCUUUCGAGAUGCAGCUCUCAAGAUUGUACACGAACGGCAUACUACGAAAGUUUGAAAGGGAAGUGGAGGGAAUGUAUUCAUGUUUUUGCUCAAGACAGUCAAACUCGGAUGGACCAAUCAUGACAUAUGUAGUAAAGGAACAAAUUGAAGUAGAUGGAAAUGUGAGGGAAGCAAGAGAUUAUGAGGUUCUGUUUAAUCCACCGGAGAUGGAGGUCAUAUGCGUCUGUGGCAUGUUUAACUUCAAAGGGUAUUUAUGCAGGCACGCGCUUUGGGUCCUCAGCCAAAAUGGCAUGGAGGAGAUUCCGGUGCAGUACAUAGUUUCGCGGUGGAGAAAGGAUGUGAAGCGGAAGUAUGUUAUUAGUAGCAUCUGCAGUGACAGUGGCAUUGAUGUUAAUAAUCCAAUUCACAGAUACGAUCAUCUGUACAAAUGCAUUGUUCAAGUUGUGGAGGAAGGCAGAAAAUCACAAGAGCGGUACAAAGUUUCCGUUCAGGCGUUGGAGGAGAUUUUGAACAAGCUUCGUCUUACCGAAGAAGAUCAUCUGGUGUAACUUAUUUUAAUGUAUAAAAUUUGGAAUCUUUCAUCUUUGUAGCUUAGAAUUAGAAUACGUGAUUUUUCUUGUACCAUUUUUGUCUUCUUUUCCUCUUACUUAAAGAUAAAAAACUUAUAACUUUCAUAA